UAACACUCCCCUGCCGAGAAAUUACCCUUUCCAUACUACUAUUACCUAUUUGAUUGAACACUACACAGAACUGUUCACAUACACAGUCUCAAGUAGAUCCUCGAGUACAAGUAGUGGGGGAACACUGUUUUCGAGUUACUAGCGCGAGGGGAUUAACUUAGUGUUGAGCGGCAAAGUUGGUUCAAGUGUUAAGUUUGCUCCGCUUCUUUUUCUUUCCCGACAGAAAAUUUAAAUAUUUCUACAUAAUAACAGACGUUGCAGUUAAUGGGAAUUUUGCUGGAGCUUCAGGGGUCUCAAUACCCUGAUACCAUUUUGCUAUCGCGCUCGACGUUAUCGGUAACACAAGAGUUUAGGUUUGUUAGCAAGAAUCGGAUUAGCUGUAUACUUCAUUUUUGCUCUCUGUCGUAUGAUUAGCGGUAACUUAAAUGAUGGAAUUCAAUAAAACUUCAUGACAAUGUAGUGUUUAUUAAGUCGCAAACGUAAAUAUUGUUAUAUGCAAUCUUAUAUAGUGCAGUAGUUGACUGUACGAUUCAGGUAGUCUGCUAACGCAUCGCGGCAUUUUUGUCGGUAUUUCAGAACAGUAGACAGAUCCAUACAUUGUACGAACAGUCUGUACAUACCUUAAGUCUGCGCUGCCACUGUUUUGUUUCAUGUGGAUAAAGCAAGAUGGUAGCAGUGUAUUAAAACCGCUAUUUAAAGAUGUUUUCUUUUUUAUGAAUGCGAUGAAAAGAAAAACAUUUUUCCUAAUCGGAGGAGUGGUACUCGCCACGGAGAUUAUUUGGCAACUAUGCAAAAAGUUCCAUGGUUCGCGGAAAUACCAUACGCGUAAUGCAAUCGUACCGAAACAAAACAUUGCGGAGGUCAUGUUUUUCUCCAAAGAGUCUGGUCAUUGUCGAGAUCAUGCUGAUGGUCAAUAUACAUGCCACAAAGUGGAUUGCCCUGUCCGUUAUUUAAGACGUCUGGAAAGUUACAUUAAAAAAGCCGAGAGGAGACUAGACGUCUGCAUGUACGUUUUGACUUGUCACGGAUUGUCAUUGGCCUUCGUGGAAGCACACAAACGUGGCGUACACGUGAGAAUAAUAAUGGAUCAUCACAUGGCCAGCAAUGACGCAGCGCGGACAGGUCUGUUUCAUAAUAAUGGGAUCGAGGUCAGAAUGCAGAAUCCUGAAGUCCUGAUGCAUCACAAGUUCGUGAUAGUGGACGAGGACAUUUUGAUCACUGGCAGCACAAAUUGGACAAUGUCCGCGUUCUUCGGAAACUUCGAAAACAUCCUUGUGACCAAUCAGAGCCCGCUGGUCGAGCCGUUCUUAAAAGAAUUCGAACGUAUGUGGCAAGCGUUCAGAUUUCCCGUAGAGUUCAAAUCCGAGGACAAUGUGGACGACACCGAAGAGUAACCAGUGAUUCGGUGCAGCGGACCACGCCAGAUCAUCAACCAGCAACCGAUCUCCGCAUUUUACAUCGAAACCGAUACAACACGCACACUCUCCCAAAACCCAGUAACAUUCAUCACUCCCAACCCCAUGACCUUUCCAAUUUCAUCGGAAAACCCAUUCGAACUUCAUAACCGUGCCACGUCGCGCGCCUCGAGCCGCGAGACUGCAAAAAUCAGCUUCCACUCGCGACAGCCGAACUCCAACCCCCGCAACGCCGCCCCCAAAAUCUACCUGCAACUCGCGAGUCGCUUUGUCCUUUCGAGGAAACAUUCCUCGUGAUCCGGCAGCUUCCGAAACGCACUCGCGACGAGCGUUCCCAGUCCGUUCCACCUUCCGUUCACCGAAGCAUGUUCGGGGCCGGCGUUGGUUCCCAGCCGCGCGACUGCUCCGCAGUUCGUCGCGCCAGGUUACUCGGAAACAAGUCGAUGAAAACGAUGUUGCUCAGCGUUUCCCGGUGACUGCGCGUGCUGUGAAACCUCGUGUACCGGCGGUCUUUUGUCGAACAACAGUUCCGCAGCGCGAGAGGAGAAUCGUCGCAACCCCGUUCUUCCGAUUCUCCCGUCGACGCUCCGCGUGUGCACGCGCGAAUCCUUUUGUCCGUUUUCAGCCCUCCUUUCGUGCGCAUCCCCCACUCCAGCCGGUAUCGUCCGACCGUAAUCGUAAAACCGAUUUAUCCCCGAUUCGACAGAAGCGAAAUUAAUUGCCGCGGUGGAGUACUCCGAGGGAGAGAGAGAGAGAGAGAGAGAGCAGCGAGGGUUCAUUGAGCGGCGUUUUUCGUCCGGAAAAACCGUCCUUUCGGUUUCACCGCGAUAUCGCGAGUUCGAGCGGAAAACUAAACGCCCGCUUGGAAGACGCGGC